AAUCAACCCUACUGCCGUGCGGAGCACCGAGCAGAGCCGUAAUCAUGGCCGAUUACCUUUUAUCCCAGACACUCUCGGCGCGCUACUACCAGCCCGAUCGGUUUCCAUACAUAUCGGAGGCAAUCGGUGCAGAACCGGAAUCGGACCAUGGUCAGAUUGUCGAACAGAGGAGCUCACCCGAGCCCUCACAGUCGGCGAACCGAGUGAGGAAACGCGGUAGACCGAGGAUAACUCCUGGCAAUACCUCACCUAAUAUCCGGGCUGCACAAAGGACCUACCGACUGAAGAAAGAAGCCAUGUUUCAGGAUCUGAAAACACGCGUGUCAGAGCUCGAAGAAAGCAUGGGCAGGAUAUCUCAAUCGCUAUCCACUUUCUACCACAUGGCCCUUCAGUCUGAUCUCAACCUCACUCAUCCUUAUCUCUUCCAGCAGCUCAACUACACCGUUUCGCAAGUAAACCGUGCAGGCAAAUUAUCAAAUGCGAACUCAUUAACUACGGCGGAGCUUCAUCAUAUAGAACUAGCCGCUUUAUCCUCUGCAAAGGCAGCAAACGACGCCUUUACCUUUGGAUAUACUAUGAAUAUGAAUCCCGGAGAAAGUGGGACAUUCUACAAGCCACCAGGGAGUGACCGCAUCAGAGUAUCGCCUUCCACCAAAUAUGCAAACCGCUCAUAUCUAGGCAAUCUCCCAAGAGACAUCGAAAGACCAUUGAACGGCAGCGCUACUUUUACAUACAGCUAUAACGAAUCAACAUUCGCCCGUCGACUCCAUCGGUACUGCAUAGAGUACGCGUACCAAUUGUUCACCGAUCCGCGGACGGAUCCCCAGGACAUCUAUCGUGUCUUCCGUCUAGUGGCCUGUGUGCGUCAAGAGGACAAAAUGACCCGCUGUCUUACUUCCCUCCUCCGUACAGGCCCAAAAGAGCCUCUGGAAAGACUCAAGGUGCCUUUCUAUUGCAUCGGCGGUGCGGGCACGCAUUAUCCGCAGAUGCAGCCUGAUGGAAAGCCUCUGUAUCCUGAGAACAUGCGACUCCCGGGUCGAGUUCUUGGCUCGAUUCCGGGCAGCGCUCAGGAGAUGGAUGAGAAGCUGUCAUCGGAGAAGCGACAGGAGCUUCUUAAGAUAUACGGGCUGGAUGGUACCUGGCUUGACUGCCGUGAUGUUCAGGGUUAUCUCGAAGAAAAAGGGUUCUGUCUCGAUGAUUCUCCGUGUAUCUUUGCCACUCCUACAUUUGAAAAUCAGGAGAAUUCUCCAAAGGCUGCACUGAAUCAAUCCAAGGGCACUCCUAUGGAUCUAGAUGAUAAUCAUGAGCUCAAAUCGCCGCCCCUACGCAACUACGAUGGUACCAAUGAGCGCAAUUCUGAAAAUGCAGCCAAUGCAGCAGGACAGGCGGCCUGGGUUCUCAAUAUCGAGGAGUUCGUUCAAGCGCUUCUAAGAAAGAUGGUCAUCCUAGGACGAGCACCCGGCUUCCGACUGACUGACGUCGAAGCAGCCUUCAAGUCAGCCACGAAAGUAUCGUCGAGCUAAGUUUUGCUUGCCUUGCGAUCGAUCUAAAGGCCCAGAAUUUUCAGCUCCCUUUUCGGUGUUCUUUUCUCCUACCCCCUAUUUUUUUACCAGCGAUCUUCACAUGUCCGCUGAUGAGCUUUCUUACCAACACCCGUGAUAAAGGGGCGGAAGUCCCUAAUGGCUAAGGAAGAAGUCUUUUCUUAAUCAUAAUGCUAAUUCUAUUUUAACGGUAUCAUGUUUGAACGACUGAAUGAGGAAACGGAGAACGGAGUUUAUA